CAGCACACCACAUUCCCCGCUUCUCCUCGCAGGUCCUCCCCACAGGACAACAUCCGAGAGCAAGACCUCAGAUUUACGCCUUCUCCAUGAUCGUCUGAGUAAAAAUACGUGAUUUUUUCUUUCCCCAUCCUCACCAGGAGCAACAAUCUGACCGCGGAGCCUCAUUAUUCCCCGAUAGUGCUCGAUAGAUGCUGAUUUCCUCACCAUGGCCACAGAAGACAAGAAACCAGAGACUGACACAAAACCUCCAGUUGUCCCGUCAGCAUCUGCCAGCCAAAGCAAGUCUGCACCCGCAAAGCCAAACUACAGCCUGAAGUUCACAUUAGCGGGCCACACUAAAGCCGUGUCCUCUGUCAAAUUCAGCCCGAGUGGAGAAUGGCUCGCCAGCUCAUCCGCCGACAAACUCAUCAAAAUCUGGGGAGCGUACGACGGCAAGUUUGAGAAAACCAUAUCUGGACACAAACUUGGCAUAUCUGACGUGGCCUGGUCUUCAGACUCCAACCUCCUGGUGUCUGCGUCGGACGACAAAACCCUGAAGAUCUGGGACGUGAGCUCGGGGAAAUGCUUAAAGACUCUGAAAGGUCACAGCAACUACGUCUUCUGCUGCAACUUCAACCCCCAGUCCAACCUUAUCGUGUCAGGAUCGUUUGACGAGAGCGUGAGGAUAUGGGACGUGAAGACGGGGAAGUGUUUGAAAACGUUGCCGGCUCAUUCUGAUCCCGUCUCUGCUGUUCACUUCAACAGAGACGGUUCCCUGAUCGUGUCCAGUAGCUACGACGGCCUUUGUCGAAUCUGGGACACGGCGUCGGGGCAGUGUUUAAAGACGCUCAUAGAUGACGACAACCCUCCUGUGUCAUUUGUGAAGUUUUCCCCCAACGGGAAAUACAUCCUGGCUGCUACACUUGACAACACGCUGAAGCUGUGGGACUACAGCAAAGGAAAGUGCUUGAAAACGUACACGGGCCAUAAAAACGAGAAGUACUGCAUAUUUGCCAAUUUCUCUGUCACCGGUGGGAAGUGGAUCGUGUCGGGCUCAGAGGACAACAUGGUUUAUAUCUGGAACCUGCAGACGAAGGAGAUUGUGCAGAAACUCCAGGGCCACACAGACGUCGUCAUUUCGACCGCCUGCCACCCGACAGAGAACAUCAUCGCAUCGGCAGCUUUAGAAAACGACAAAACCAUCAAGCUAUGGAAAAGCGACUGCUAAGCCUUUUUCUUUUUUGUUUUUUUUUUGGAUCUUUUUGGCCACUCAUGUUUUUUUUUUAAAUAUUUUUUUUUCUACAUUUUGUUGUAAGAGAAGCGGACCUUUUUUUUUUUUUUUCUAAUGGAGAGCUCCUGCAGGACGCAGAGAGCUUUUUAGGUAAUGAAAUUCAACAAGGAGAACCAAAUCAGACACAUCAGCCACACAGUUCCACGGCGGACCUUACACCCACUCUCUACAACGCGUGCCACAUUUUGUCGUCUUAUUACAGAAACGAGUGACUUCUGUCCUACUCAGUAUUUUCUGACUCUGCGUUAACCUUGAUGUCACUGCCUCGUAGCAGCUUCUGCACACACGUCUCUGCUCUUGUACAAUAAAUGUAAUGGUUAUUUGGCCUUUGUAUGAUUUCUUUUGCCUUUUUGAGUUUGUCUGUGUAACCGUGCAGUAUCAAUAACAUCAAGCUUUAGAUUUAAACAAAAAAAAAAAGGUAUCUACAGAUCCUAUCUGUUAUUUAUUCACGUCAAUAUUCGUUUUUCGUUAUAAUAUCGGUUGUCAGAUCUGAAGUACACACCGUGACAGGAUAGUUUUCGAAAUUCUCUGCUAAUUUUGCAAGACUGUGAUGUGACGGUGGGGAAGUGAAUGAUUUGACAAAUCUCCGAGAUGAUUUUUUUUUUUUUUACAAUCCUAUUGGAGCAUUAAAUUGACCCCCUUUAAAUAAUAAAAAAAUAAUAAUCUGAACAUUUUAUAGUUUACAAAAGCGACCAAAUGCAGUUAUUUUGUGUUCUAGUAUUUGUACAUAUGACACUGACAUGUAUUGCGAUUUCAUUACUUUAACUGUCUUUUUUUUUUUUUGUUCUCUGCUUGAUUAGCUCAUAGUUCUGCACACGCAGCCGGCAGCCUCUGUUCUCUGUAGUUAACCUGGACUUUUGUGGAAUAUAUGUUUGCAUUGGACGGCUAUAACCCGCAACUUAAUAAAAGCAGUUUUUUGUAUGUU